AUGGCGAAUCAUUAUGAGGUGCCCAACUGGGCUGGAAAACCCCCCGUUGGUUUACAUUUGGACGUUCUCAAAGGUGACAAACUCAUCCAGAAGUUAAUGAUUGAUGAGAAGAAGUGUUACUUAUUCGGGAGGAAUACUCAGAUGAAUGAUUUUUGUAUUGAUCAUGCAUCUUGUUCUAGGGUUCAUUCUGCAUUUGUAUGGCAUAAACACUUAAACAGGGCUUUUCUAGUAGAUUUAGGAAGCACACAUGGAACAUUCAUUGGAACACUCAGAUUGGAAGCUUAUAAACCUACACAACUGCCAAUUGAUUCUGGUUUCCAUUUUGGAGCCUCUACCAGAAACUACAUAAUAAGAGAAAGGCCCCAGACUGGAAUUAGGCCCAUCAUAGAUGAAAUUGAAAAAUCUGGUGAGGAAUCUGAAGGAGGCUUACUGGGGUUGCCUGAGACAGAAACAGAACUUGAUAAUUUAACGGAAUUCAAUACUGCUCAUAACAGAAGGAUAUCAAUGUUGGGAAUAACAGAUGACUCGGAUAAGAGAUCGACGAGCAGAAAAAGAAAACGACAGUGCGUUUCCUUCAAUGAAGACGACGAAGUAAUCAACCCAGAAGAUAUUGACCCAAGCAUAGGUAGGUUUAGGAACCUUGUACAAACUACAGUAGUUCCAACAUCAUCGAAACGGGCGAAAAUUGCUGAGAGUAUUGGCAUAACCAGCUCGGAAUUCAGAGUUCCGAAAAACUUGCAUCACCAACAAAGCACGACUCUAGAUCUUUAUAACGAUUUACCACCAGAGUCGCAUCCUACCGGCACCAAUUUGAGUAUAUACAGUUCUUUGAGUUCGAGGUUGGGUAUUGUACUACCGAACCCAGCACCAGAAGUUGAAAUGGGUCAGAAUUUCCCAAAUCCAUCGUCUUUUGUUCCUGCGCAAGUCCAAGCAUCCGAUGCCCUAGAGCCUAAGAAGAAAAAGUAUGCAAAGGAAGCUUGGCCAGGGAAAAAGCCCACACAGACAUUGCUGGUGUAA